AUGGGCAGCCUGCCAGACUUGACGGAGCGGUCACGGCCAGCGUCCGUGCGCACUGCAGCCCGCACCGUCUCUGACCCGCACAGACACCAUGCCAUCAAACAGCGCUCGCAUGACAGCCUGCCAGACUUGACGGAGCGGUCGCGGCCAGCGUCCGUGCGCACUGCAGCCCGCACCGUCUCUGACCCGCACAGACACCAUGCCAUCAAACAGGUUCCCGUGAGCACAAUAUACAAGAAAGAAUGGCUUUGGAAGAAGCCGAAAUCUUCGAGAACGCCGACCAUCCCCACGUCGUCCCGCCGCCGAGACUCCGUGGCGUCCUCCGUCGGCGCUGCCUCGGUCCGCCGUCUCAUCGCCCGCCAGCCCCCGAAGAUACCAAAACCCGUCGUCCAACGAUUCACACUACUCUGUGUAGCCAGUGGCCUUUGCGCCACCGCCCUUCUACCAUUUACUGCCUUCGCUGGCGCAGAAGCAGGAGCUAUGCCACUUGCAAUCAUGCAUACUGUGGCAGCUUUAGUAGCACCGUUUUCCCCUCUAAUUCUUCAAAAGACUGGGACUAGAGUAGUCAUUACAGUAGCACACGUUCUAGUGUGCGUUUUGUUGACAGCUCAUACGGCUGCUACUCCGUUGUCUGUGUUACUUCCUCUUUAUGGUGCUUGUGGAUUCGCGUUGUCUCCGAUGUCGCUUGCGCUGUGUGCGUCGGCGACUACGUUAGCUCAGGCGGCAGGCGAUGAGUGCAGACGGAAGAUAGCUUUGAGAAGAGCGUUGAGGGCGCUUCGAGCGGCGCAGGAUCUAGGGCUGGUGUUUGGAUCGCUGCUGCUGGGAGGAGCGCUCCUGAUUUGGCCUGAAGACAUGUCGCCGGCGCUGUUCACGGCGGUGCCAACGAACGCGACGGUGCCGGGGUGGCCGCCGCCUGAUGACUCGUAUUUUCCGGAUGAAGAUUAUGAGGAGCAAACCUGCGGAGCAGCGGGCUGCCCCGACGUCCAAUCCCUCUCCGGGACCACUCUCACCUCCGACGGUCGCCGGGCACUAGUCGCCGUCUGGGCGCUCCUCGCGUUAGUCGCCAUCGGCCUUGGCGUGUAUGGCGCCACAUCGGCACCAGCGCCACCGCCUGAUGCGAGGUCUAUUGUGCGAGACCCGAGGGCGCUGCUUAGCUUCCCUAUGGGGUUGUUCAUUGGACUACAACAGGGAUUUAUUUAUACGUCUUAUAUUAAGUGGUAUGGCGUCUGCGUCGGCGGUUGGACCUGCGCGUGGCGUGCGCUCUGCGGCGCUGGUUGCCUCCAAGCCCUCGCAGCCGCGACGCUAAGCAUGGCGGCCGCGCGAGGCAGGCGAGGUGCGUUAGCCGCGGGAGGCGCCGCAGCACAUGCCUCGCUGAUGCUCGCACUGUUAAGGUGGAGAGCAGCCAGGACUGAUCUGGCAUUGCCUGCCGUGGCCGCUGCGGCGUGGGGCGCCUGUGCUGCGUUGUGGGAUGUUCUACAGUCGGGCAUCUGCAUCGGCGGUCCAGGCUGGCGCGGGCCCUGGUCGUUGACCCUCGCGGCGCGCCACGCCGGGCUCGCCCUAGCAUGCGCCGCGCGGCAUCUCAUCUGCGCGCGAUUCCAAAUUGUCGCGCUGGCGAGCGCGCUCGUUGCCGCCCUGGUUAGCCAAGUGGCGUUGGAACUGCGAUUGCGACCCACAGAGGCGCAGAGGCAUAGGUCCUAGCGAAGGGCUACCAUGACGACAACAACUACGUCAUUCAUCGCGACGUCGGACGACGUCGACGUUCACGUCAUCAGUUAGCUGCGGACGCGUGACGUCACCCGUGACGUCGCUCGUGACGUCACCCGUGACGUCGCUCGUGACGUCACUCAUGACGUCGCUAGUGUGGACAAAACUUCUAUGAAGAAAGUUGUGAGUUAAGCGUUGGACUUGAAAUAAGUGUUUACUGUAGUUUCAGCUAUGCUGGCAGAUUCGUAGGUGUUUGGACUUUAAAAAACUGUUUUAACAUAUAUGUAUACAACAGAGGAAUUUAUAAAAUAUUGACCAAAAUACCGCUUGUCAGUCGUUUUGAUAGUUAAAACUAUAAAGGAUGACUCACAUAGGGGU